GUGGAUGUGUGUCAACAUCACAGAUAUCGACAUCACAGAUGUCAACAUCACAGAUAUCGACAUCACAGAUGUCAACGUAACGCAGGUCGUAGAUUGUGGUGAACAGGAUGAAUGGUUUUCACUCAUUUUCACCAUUGCUUCCGUCAUACAAAGUUUUCUGACCUUCUCCAAUGGUUUUGUGCUUGAUCAGUUUGGCACUACUGUGGCUCGGCUCGGUGGAAUAAUUCUCUACACCACGGGUACUUUGAUGAUAGCCUUCUCAACACCUGCCCUGUAUGUCCUGCUCUACCCAGCUCUUACAUUCAUAGCAGUGGGUGGUUCGAUGUUCCUGAUCACUAACAUGCAGGUUGGGAACUUGUUUCGUUCACGUCGGUCCACUGUCAUCACUCUCUACAGUGGGGCUUAUGGCUCCUCAGCUGCACUCUUCCUCAUAAUCAAGGUGUUGUAUACGGCUGGCAUCUCCCUCUAUGCCUCCUUCCUCUUCUUAUCCGCCUGCAGUGUCAUUCACCUGCUUAGAACUUUGUUCCUGAUGCCCAGAACCUUAAUUCCUUACCCACUGCCUGAACACUACACAUAUGGGAUAAUCUGUGGUGAAUCAAACAGUGCAAGUGCUGGGCAGACAGAGGGGACCAGUAACAGGAACAACAUUUUGAACCAAGAGAAGAGUUUCCGUGAGUGUUUGCUGUCCAGGUUCUCUUUUUGUGCCAUGGUCUGGUUGUCAGUGAUGCAACUCAGAAAUUACCUGUUCAUUGGCACCCUCAACCCCAUGCUGCAGAGACUGGCUGAUGGAGACCAUUCACUGGUCAGUCACUACACCACUGUGUUUGCUCUCACUCAGCUGUGUGGGGUGCUGUGUUCUCCCUGGAAUGGUUUCAUCAUGGACAGACACAAAGGCAAACCUCGGGCUGCAGGAGAGAGUGAACGUGACGCCGAUCUCCGGGCUUCAGUGCUUUCUCUUUUCCUGACGCCUCUGCUCUGUAUAUUAUUCUCAAUUUGCGCCACCAUCCCCAUCCUGCCUCUUCAGUACUUGAGCUUCGUCCUACAGGUGAUCACCCGCUCCUUUCUCUACAGUGGCCUAGCAGCCUUCAUCACUAUGGCUUUCCCAUCAUGCCACUUUGGGAAGUUGUACGGCUUCCUUAUGGCUGUGGCUGGACUGGUUUCUCUGCUGCAAUAUGCCUGCUUUAUCCUUGUGGAAAAUGUCUUUGAUGGAGACCCUUUAUAUGUGAACAUCGCCCUAACGCUGCUCAUCAUGUUCGCCUUCAUCCAUCCACUCUCUGUCUACCUGCAUUGUCGUAGUCUUGCUUCACAACCAACCAACCAACCAAUCAACCAACCAACGAAUACCCAUCUGUGAAACGAAACUAAAUGUUUUUAAAAAUACAGUUUCAAGGGCUUGACUAACCAUUUUAUUUGCUGGUGUGGUGCAAGUGUAAUUGUAAGUGUGGAAUCUUCUUCUUUCAGGUGGUGGGCCAGACCCCAAUAUCUUGUUUUUGAGCAAUACCAGGAAGCUGUGUGUGAUUUCUUUGAAUGAUGAUAUAGUAAAAAAAUCAUUCAAACUCCAUAGAAACUGUUUCCUUCAUUGCCUUGCGCACCAACAUUAAAUAUACUCUUUUUAAAACUCUUAAUUUUGAGCAGGCAAACCUGCAGGACAGCUAAAUGAUAAUGAGUGAUUUGUGUUAAGUUUCAUGGACAACCAGGAAGUAAACAACUCAGGUUGCCUCUCACUUCUGUCUUCUGUUAACACCAUGCCUUUGCUAUCAUCUAAAACAGUGUGUUGAUUGGAAAAUCUUUU